AUGAUGAAAAAUUUGAGGUCAGAUAAGACUGGUAAUUAUUUAGGUAUACUUGAGUUGCUAGCCAAGUUUGACCCUUUUCUAGCUCAACACACCCAAAAGUAUGCAGGGGCAGGCAAAGGUUCCACAUCUUACUUGUCAAAAACCAUAUGCGAGAAACUUAUGAAAAUGAUGGCAAAACAACUGUUAAUGGAAAUUGUUUCCGUAAUCAAACAAGCAAAAUACUUCUCCACUAGCGUUGAUUCAACCCCUGACAUUAGUCACGUGGAUCAACUGACUUUCACAGUCAGGUAUGUGGGAUCACACGGAAGACCAAUUGAGAGAUUUAUCAAUUUUGUUGAGGUCCAUUCACAUAAAGCAGAAAAUUUUGCCAAUGUAGUGAAAGACGUCAUAACUGAAAAUCUAGAUAUUAGUAACCUUCGUAGGCAAAGUUAUGACAAUGCCUCUAAUAUGGCUGGUGCAUAUUCAGGUUUACAGGCCAGAAUCGAAGAACUAAACAAACUUGCCCAUUUUGUGCCAUGUGCUGCUCAUUCAAUAAAUCUUGUUGGGGCCUCAUCAACGGACAGUUGUCUUGAUGCAAUAACUUUCUUUAAUUUCCUGCAAAACCUGUACACAUUCUUUUCAUCCUCCACACACAGAUGGGACUGUUUAGUUCAGGCUAUAGAGAAAGGAGGUCUAGUGGUCAAGUCUUUGUCAAACACUCGUUGGAGAGCCAGAGAUGAUGCAGUUAAAGCUGUUAGAAACCAUUAUUGCGAAACCACGAAUCCUCUCCUUAAAAUUAGCAAAGAUAGAACCCAGACAAUGACUACAAGGGCUGAGGAGGGAGGCCUGAUCAAACAAAUGGAGUCUUUCGAAACUGCUCUGAUGACAGUUAUAUGGAUCACUAUAUUAGAACGAUUCAAUGUAACUAACAUAGCUUUGCAAAGUCCCACAAUUGACCUUCUCACUGUAGCCAAUCUGUACAAGUUCCUUUUAACAUUUGUACAAAACUGA